AUGGCCGAUACCGAACUUCCAGAGUACUCUCCUCGACCCAUACAACCCAGGCUUACUGAUACCAACCCAUUCAAGUGUCAGCACAAGUUACACCUAGAGAACAAUAAGGGGCGAGUAUGGAUCACUCUGCUUAUCAACAGCCGCUCGCAGAAUCCCAGCAACAUGCCAUUGUUUUUUGACCAGGAUGUAAUCUCGGGUGAAGUGCAUUUAGACCUAGAUCGACCGGAGAACAUCAAGGGCCUUACAAUCACACUGAGCGCCGGAACGACAGCAGUGGGUCAAGAGGAGGAGCUAUUUCUCAACGAGACGUCCCCAUUAUGGUCCCCCCAUUCGUCAUCGAAGAUAUCAGGAACACAUACAUGGCCAUUCUCUAUCACGAUACCCGCGGAGACGUCCCUUUCAUUGUCCAACAAGACUGCCUCCACGCGGUACCCUCUUCCACCGAGUUUCUCAGAGCGCGCAAGCCCAGCCUAUAUUGACUAUAAGCUGACCGUCACUAUCCGUCGUGGAGCCUUUCGGGUGAAUCAAACACUAUCAACAAGUUUUGUACACCUCCCACGGUCUGUCGCAGAGCCCCCUUCAGCGCUCCGCGCCCUUGCAUACCGCGAGGGUACACCACUCCUCGCUCCCGAAGUUGACCCAGAUGGAUGGAAGGUAUUACCUGCCAAGAAUAUCACAGGGACGCUUUUUGCGGCGCGUUCACCCGAGGUACGAUGCACGCUGGCGAUUGCUACACCUGUCACAUAUGCAUCAGACUCUCCGGUCCCUCUCAUCCUCACGUUUCAAAGCACUGAUGCACAAGCUCUCGAUCUGCUUGCUUCAAAACCUUCCGUCGAACUGAUUCGCAUUGUUGCGAUUGGUUCUGGAGCUUCUGACGAGGCUGUUCCUCGUAGAAGCAAUAAUACAUUCUACAGCACCAUCGCUCGUGCGGCUUUCUUUCCCUCUGAGGACAUUGGGAAAACAGGCAAAAUAACACUCCAAGGCGAGUUGCACGUUCCGAAAGGCAUCAAGUCUAGCUUCACGUUCCCUCGUUUGUCACUCAAAGUGCGUAUCUCUUUUGAGUGA